AUGAGUGGAUACCGAAAUAGAUUAUUAGUAAAACUAUCACAAAGUAAUAAGCAACAUCACAACAACUCAUCAUGUACCACAAUGGCUUCCGAGCUUAACAGUGUGUUUGAUGAUAAGGAAAAUAUUGACUGCAGUGACAACAUGGAACUUGACUGUUCCUCGUUUGUAUUUGAAGCACGCAAUAUUAGCCCAUUAAUACCCCUCAGUGAAUCGCAAUUAAACGAAUGUAUUGCUGAAAAUCUCGGUGACGAUGUCAAUUACGCGGAGUUACUACCUGUACCUGCAUCUAGUUCUGAUAUUGGACCAGCAAUUAAUGAGGACCCGGUUUACUGUUCUACUCCUGAUGCAGAGAGUUCCAAUAUGUCAAGUACUGUACUGCCGACUGAAACGCCAGAAGAAUUUCAUUCUCUACCAACAAAAAGAAGUCGAGACCCUAAAGUUAUAUUGGCAAAUCAAAAAGAGAAGCAUCCCUUGAGACCUCCUUGCCGAAACUGCAAAAAAAACUGUUCUGAUAAAAUCUCGGAAACGGACAGAGUGACCAUUUAUAAUCAGUUCUGGAGUAUGGAUAGGCAGAGACGACGGGAUUUCUUGUCACGACAGGUGCAGAAAAUGCCCACAGCAUGUAAAACUGCUGGCCCCAAUUCAAGGAGACAUAAUACAUUAACAUGGACCCUUAAUGAGUUUAAAAUUUGCAAAACAUUUUUUUUAAAUACCUUAGGAUUCAGUAACGAUGAAGCAGUGCAGGCUGUUUUAAAACAAAACCACUUAACUCAAAACAAGAAUCCAAAAAUUUGUGCUGCUCCUGAUCCUAGAGGUCGUCACACACCUUAUAAUGCUUUUCCUAUUGAAUACGAAAACGAAAUAAAGAAUUUUAUACUGAAAUUUAAUCCUAUGCCAUCACAUUACAAUAUAAAACAUGCGCCCAACCGAAGAUAUCUUCCGCAGAACCAGCUCAAGAUAUUUGCACAAAAUGUAGAAAUCAUGAAUUAA